AUGCCUCGUGAUCCCCUCAUCGGGCUCGUCGGGAAGCCGUCGGCGGGGAAGAGCACGACGCUCAACAGCCUGACGGACGCCUCGUCGAAAGUUGGCAACUUUCCGUUCACCACCAUCGACCCCCAGCGGGCCGUCGGCUACCUCCAGAUCGACUGCGCGUGCGCCCGGCUCGGCGUGUCCGACAGGUGCAAGCCAAACUAUGGCGCGUGCGUCCAGGGCCGCCGGUCCGUCCCCAUAGAGCUCCUCGACGUCGCCGGCCUGGUGCCGGGGGCGCAUCAGGGCCGCGGGCUGGGCAACAAGUUCCUCGACGACCUGCGCCACGCCGACGCCUUGAUACACGUCGUCGACGCCUCUGGGACCAUCGACGCAGAGGGCAAGGAGACGAGGGGCUACGAUCCCUCCGUCGACAUUGCCUGGCUGCGCAGCGAGGUCGUGGCCUGGAUCCUCGGCAACCUGAUGCAGAAAUGGGGGUCCAUCCGGAGGAGGCACAUGGCCGUCAAGGCCUCGGCCGUCGAGACGCUGCAGGGCCAGUUCUCGGGCUACGGCGCCACGUCGACCGUCAUCAACCGGACCCUCGACCGCGCGGGCGUCAAGGAGCCGCUCGAGGACUGGUCCGACGAGACGGUGCACCACGUGGUCAACUGCUUCGUCGACGAAAAGUUCCCUACCGUCAUUGCCCUCAACAAAAUCGACCACCCCGACGCCGACAAGAACAUUUCCAAAAUCGCAAAGAUGCAGGACCCCAAGACGAUUGUCCUCUGCUCGGCCAUUUCCGAAAUCUUCCUGCGCAAAAUGACCAAGCAGGGAUACAUCAAGUACGUCGAGGGCAGCGAGUUCGUCGACACAAAGGAGGACCUCAUCGAGCAGGGCGACCCGACCGGCGGUGGCCUCAAGGACCUCGACGACAAGAACCGCACCCGCAUCGAGAACCUCAAGGACAUGGUCCUGUACCGCUUCGGCUCCACGGGCGUGGUCCAGGUGCUGUCGAGGGCGGCCGAGCUCCUCGGCCUGGUGCCCGUCUUCCCCGUCAGGAACACGACCACGUUUGCCUCAGGCGCCUCCGAGUCCAAGUUUGUCUUUCGAGAUUGCGUCCUGGUCAAAAAGGGCUCCACGGUCGGUGAUGUCGCGCGCAAAGUCAUGGGCGAUGCGCCGAUCGCCUACGUCGAGGGCGUCGGCAAUUUGAGAGUGGCAGAAGACGACCUCGUUGCUGUCGGGAAGAACGACGUCUUGUCGUUCAAGGUGGGCAGGGCUUGA